CAAAGUGAUUAAGGUUGAUGCAGUAGAGGUGAUGCAGAUGCUGUUGGAUAUGGAGAUGGAAUCGUCUUUGAGGUUAUCUUUUGGGGAAUACAUAGUAAUCAUGCUUCUGCGCCCCCUCCUCGCCAUCGGGUUCGUUCUCUCCUUAAUAUCUCUUGGUUGGUUAUUGGCAUGGAAACUGGUGCUGGUUCACGUGCCUUUGGUGCAAGAGGUUUUUGGCCUUAAAAAGAAACCUGUUCGAACCAAGCCACAAACUGGUCGCCUCUCCAAAAUUUAUAGCUCCAUUCAUGCCCAAAAUUCAUCUUCCACUUGAUAAGAUCAUUAAAUGAAGAGACUUGUUGGAGAUGGUAAACACGGGUCUUGGACAGUAGAACAGACAAUGAAUCACUGAUUGCAAUAAAUGAAGAAACUCCAAGUAGCACGCAACCAACUUCAAAAACUUUGGACAUCGGAUAUAUGUAUUCACCUUGUACAUAAUGUUGGUUAAUAUCAGAAAACUAAGCCAUGAAUGGUUUUACUCCAUAUAGUGUUCUGGCCUCUGGAUCAAAUUUGUCAAAUUAUAGUGAUCGAAUUAUGAUUUAUUUCU